AUGGCGUCUUCCCUUGGCAAGUUCACAGCCGCCUUAAUGGCUGCCUCCCAAGAGAAUACGAUGGCACUGGCGGCGUUGAACUUUGACUUCUCCUUGUACAAGGUAGAGGCACCCAGGGAGUACCAGCUCCUGGGCAGUAGCCUGUCUGAAGACCGCCGUCGCCAGGCUGAAGGGGGUUCUCAGCACAUUGCUGCGCGCAGACUGGGCGCCGUCUUUAGAGGUAGACUACCGAAAGUGCCCCAUCUUCUUCAGGCUUUUGGACACCGCGUCUCGCAAAUCGCGGCGGCUUCAAAGAACAGGAAGAAAGACACCAGAGAGUACUCGGCUGAGAACUAUGAAAACCACGUUUUCUCCAAGAACGUGGGGAUCGACGGCACCUCUCUUUGGGCAGCCGCAACGUCCGGACCGGAAGCUCUUUGUGUGCAACUUCUGGCUUGUUUAUUAGCCCGGCUCUGGUCCCCGCCUGAAGCUGUAUCGAUCUGGGCUGAGGUAUUGAAUGCCAGAAAAGCUGAGCUACAUCAGGAGGGGAUGGAGAUUGCUGAUAUAACAGCACUCAACUCUACCGUCACUCGUGAGCAACUCGCUGAAUUGGAUGCUAGCACAAGGUCAUGGCUGCAAACGGCGGAUGCAAUCAAGGCCGCAGAACUUAUUCAAUUCCGCUUGAUCAUUGGCAACAUCGACAUUCCAGUCAACAAUACGCCUGGUACAUACGAAAGUGUUAUGGAAGCAUGGACGGAGUCAAUGAAAGUCGCAGACAAAUUGAUCGCCGGUGUGGCGCAAAGCGUAUACAACGGGGGAGCGCUCCUCGGAUUGUCAGCAUGGCAUCUGUACCCAGACAUGUCUGUGUAUAGCAGUGAGCUGUCCAGUGGUCCACCUGAGAAGGAAGUGCGGCAGAAUGACCCCCUCGUUAGUCCAGGAGGCAUUCUGACAGUCGGACUGCGGCCAUCUGACGGCAUCAAUUAUGGUGUGCGAUGGUCAUUGCCGUUGGCGAAGCUUCGAUACUACGGUGCACCCAUGACGAUCACGAGAAUCAUGGAUGCUAAUCCAUCAAGGGUAUCAAUCACGGAGUUGAUGCUUGCUGCACUAGGUGCACUUGCCAGGGAGUGGCCAGAAACACAGGACAGAUUCGAUUACGUCUGCAAGUUCUAUCAUUUACUUGCGAGUCGCAUGGAAGAGUCGAGUGGUCCAAUCGUUGCAGGUUAUAAAGCUCUCGGUAAGGCGGCUGGAGAGUUUCUGAUCGAAGCCCCCGACAGGCGGCGUGUAAUGACGCGAAUAAUGGCAUAUGGAAACAGAAAUGGCGGGGAGUUCUUGAAGGACAAGGAGGGGAGGACACCCACGUUUGAAAAUCAGACCUUCGGGAUGACGAAUGUUAUCAAGUUGAUCGAAUUCAUCGAAAACGUGGACGUCCGGCAGCAAUUACUGUGUGAAGUACUACAGAAAAGUGUUAAACGGUUGACUAGCGGGCUUUGGAUGGUGGUGUCUUUUGACAACGACUCUUUCCUUGGACGGACCGGCUUCCCAAGCAAUAUCCCGUGCCAGAAUUCAACAAGACGAGGGGAGUCAGCUCCCAAUGUUUUCCAUCGGUGGACCUCAAAAGAAUACGGCAAAGCUUUGCACCUAAUCAGGGACGACUCCGACCAAGCGGAAGCCCAAUCCGAGCCUUGGACAUGGACAACGGGAGAUGAUCUUGUGCAAUCAUCCAGGAUAGCGCGGCGAAUGAUCUCCAAUAUGGGUACAGAGCACCAGUUGUUGUCCUUUACACCUUCCAAAGAUGCGUACAAACGUCUCGAUGUCCAUGGGAACUCGGUCUUCACAAGGUCCUUUUGUCCAGAAUUGACUUCGAAAGGGCUUGCCGCGACGCCUAUGGCUUUCAAGCACUACUUUGGAAAUCCUAAAUACGCAGCAAUUUACAGGAGGAUCAGCAGCGUUUUUAAUCACUCGGUGAAAGGCCCUACAAUGCAGUCCGAAGUGGAAUUCGACCAAAUAUUUGAUUUCAUGCGAAGAGACCUGAUGCAAUUUAAAGGAAUAUCCGCGAAGCGAAAUCAUGAUUCGAUAAUAUUUCUCGGAUUCCUUGAUCACCUGUAUAAGAAUUUGGAUACUUCAGAAGUCACUGUCUCCCUUGAUGUUCUACGCACACCGUUAAGUUCGAAGAAGUGUUUCAGUGGAUUCCUAUCGAAGUCAGUGCAGACGCGCAUGGAAAAUGCAUUCUCUGCGGUAGCCUACCUCGAGACAGGUGACCAAGACCUCGAUCCUGGAUUGCUGAACAAUGUCAUGGCAGUCAUCGUUGGAAGCUCGAUCUACGCUGCUGGAGUUCUCUCGUCCGACCCGCACGAGGAUUCGGAUUCUUGCUCAUUGAGUCGAACCUUUGGCAACAUUGGCAAACCCGGCGUGUCUUUGCUGAUCCCUCCACCAGUCCCUCAAAUAAAAAAGAACGACACAGGGGAGUGGAAUGUCAUAAAUCACGAACCUUGGGAUGGAUCGACAGCCGAUCACUUCAAUAAAACUUCUCUUCACUUAUCCCUGACUGAAUACCGGGUUCCCUAUACGGCUGAGCACCAGGGCCAACGGGAUAUGCAAGCUUUCUUCCAAGAAGCAAUUGUCUCGGUUUAUGAUGGUAACGUUUGGAUAGGAGACAUUGAUAUCGUCAAAGCCUUAUCCUCAUCAACUGCCACGCUGACCAAAGUGCCGAGCGAGUGUGAAAGCGGUCACAAGUACGCCACUCAACCCAUAGCAAUAGGACUACAAGAAAUGGGGAAGAAGAGGAACGCUCUCAUGAGACAAAUUGUGUGCGCAGACAGCUGGCAGGAGCUUCUCGACAAAUCCAAUCGACCUAUGGUCCUAAGAUGUCAUGAAAACUGGGUGGGCCGCCUGGCGGUAACGUCGAUUAGCGUGCAGCUCGGAUACCGAACGCUUGUGCUACCGAAGAAGAGCUGCAAGAAUGGCUGUUUCAACGACCCCGACUUCACGUCGAGAAAUCUGGUGGGGCAUAUCGAUGUGAUCAUAUUUUAG